AUGUCACCUACACAGAAGGAUUAUAUAUACGCCUAUCGAGGUCUCUACCGAGCUCUACUACAUGCUGUACAAUAUGCAAAGCCAGCACGAUACAUGGGAAGAAACAUGCUGAGGGACGAGUUUCGCAAGGGAAAUCCGAAAACUUUUGAUCAAGGACGAAUCGACAAUACUAUAAACUUUUUGAACCUUGCGGCGAAAGAAACUGGUCUUGAGCACAAAUUGGUCAAGAACCUAUUAAGGGUAAAGUACGAGCGUGGGAUUCAAUGGAAAGCGCAACUCAGGGAAAGACAUCCUAUGCAGAUACAUCUGAGGAAAAACAGCAUGACACAUUACGACAAAACCAUUGAGAUGCUUAACGAAAGUAUGGGACUAUGUCUACGUUAAGGGCAUCACAAGUAGCAGAGAGAAAAGCAAUUUAUCGACUUCAUGACUUCACGCUUAUCAUCAUCCUAAAGCAGUUUCUAGAACGUAUCCCUUUGCGGAAUACAGUACAUUUAGCCAAAGUCUAAAUCCCAAUGCCGCUCAACAAGCAGAGGCUGGUGGAUGGUUGCCAUAUAUCUUGACAAUCGAUAGCCAAGAGCUAUAAAUGAUAUUGGGGGUGUCGACAGUAUAAUCAGCGCAUGGCUCAGUUGAUUAGAUGGUAGACGAACGGUCAUACCAUGAUUGCCUGAUGUUACCGCUGGUUGGGGAUUGUACUUGGAGACGAAGUCCGCAAGCUAGGUUUAAGGAUUGUUGGCAAGAGCUUACUUACAGCCUCACAGACUUAUCUUACAGAGUAUGGCAAUAAUGUAUAACGAAUGAUAUUGAUGAGAUCAUUUCAGAUGACUAUCAUGAAUAGCCUGAUGGUAUCCGAGGUUAAGUUCUCGAUGCCGCCCUAUUUCAGCCGAUAGCUACCGAAGUGCUGCGUUCAACAAUAACUAUGACUCUAAUAAUAUAAUAAGUACUACCUAGCUAUACAAGUGCUUCUCCAUUCUCUUCUUCAUUUGGAGAGUGGCUGGUGUAUGUCCCCUGUCGUCAACGUCUCUGCACGCCCAUGAACGCCCAGGUGGUGGAUGUCGUCUCUUGUGUUUCCUUCCCCUUAUCGAAAGGUAAUGGUAUCACUGCGGGGCUUAUCCAAAUCCAAUGAUUACAAUCUAAACAAACUGCCCUUGCUGCAAUGCAUCAUUACAGUUUACAUUCUUGUUACCUUUUCCUUUGAGUUAAAUGUAAAUGAUACGUCAAGUCAAGUGGGGGUUGAUUCUUUGUUCGAAAGCAAACGACCAUCGUGAUAGAUUUCCUUUUUUGAUAUAGUUAGUCACCUAGGUAGUAU